GCCUGGACAUAUUUCAAAAUAUCAUUUUUGUCAAAUUUAAAAAAAAAAAAUAUAUUUUUUCAAAUACUUCAUUUCUGAAAAAAAUGAUGUUUCUAAAAUCCACCGCUGCAUUUUGUACUUCCAAAUAUCUCAACAGCUUACGAAUUCAUCCCACAAGAUCAUUGGUCUCCGCCGGCUGCAAUACCCCGGAAAAUACGACCAAUCAACGUCCAAUUGAACCGGCCAAAGUUCGUAUGGGUUUCAUACCCGAUGAUUGGUUUACAUUCUUCUACAACAAAACCGGGGUGACUGGUCCAUACAUGUUUGGAGUGGGCCUACUGAACUAUCUCUUCUCCAAGGAAAUCUAUAUUUGUGAACAUGAAUUCUACAAUGGCCUCUCAAUGGCUUUGCUGUGUAUUGCAGCCGUAAAGAAACUUGGACCGCUAGUGGCCGAUUACUGUGACAAAGAAAUUGAUAAAAUCGAACAAAAGUGGCAACAAAUGCACAAGGAGGAACUAAAAGCUCUCGAGAGUCUAAUCGAACAUGAACGCCAGGAACAAUGGCGUGCCGAGGGUAGCCUGCUGCUGAUGCAAAUGAAAAAAGAAAAUAUUGCCUUGCAGCUGGAGGAGGCUCACCGGAAGGCAAUGAUGAAAGUGUAUGAGGAUGUAAAACAUCGUCUGGAUUAUCAGGUGGAUUGUCGCAACAUUGAGAUACGCAUCAAUCACAAACACAUGGUUAACUGGGUGGUGAACAAGGUAUUGGCAGAGGCACCAUUGCCAGAUGCCGACGAUGAAGCGGCAAGGGAGAAAUAUCGUGCGGACUUGAGUGCCAUGGCGUUGAGAAUUAAAUGAAUUUUGUCUUGGCAAAAGAGGUAAUGCUGUAGUAUACUUGGAAAUUUUUAGGAAAAUCUGUGCAGCGGAUAAACAAGUUAAAAAGGAGUUAGUUUGGCCGGGCCGAACUUUGAAUACCCUCC